CUCGCUCUUCUCUUCUUCCCUUCUUCUCCAUCAUGCGAACCCUAACCCUAACCCUAACCCUAAUUCCCUUGAUCCUUCGCCCCCCGCCAUGAGUGGCCGCUCCGCGUCCUUCCAUGGCGCAGCCUCCUCAGACCGAUCGAUCAAGAUCCGGCGCCCGGAGAGCCAGACAGAUCUUUCCGGUCCCUCUGCGGAAACCCUCAAGUACGGCGCUGCUGCGGCACAGCGGCCGAUGAAGCUUCUUCUCAACGUCACCGUGCUACAAAGCCCCGGGCCAAUCCAGGUGGUUAUGUCCCCCGAGAACUCUGUGGCCGACCUCGUCCGCGCCGCCGUUGAGGCCUUCAUCCGUGAAGGUCGCCGGCCACCACUCCCUUUCUCCGAUCCCAAGGCGUUCGAGCUCCAUUAUUCCCAGUAUAGCCUCGAAAGUUUGAAAUCGGAGGAGAAACUGAUGAACCUCGGCUCCAGAAACUUCUUCUUGUGCGCGAAAACGACAAAGAACCCAACGCAGAGAAUGACGGUUCUGCCCUCGGCUUUGAUGGGAUAUUGCCACUGUGGACCACAUUAUUGUAAGAAAAUUCGAGAUCUAAUGACCUCGUUUUUCUAAGUUAUUAAUUAACUCGAUUUUUAGCAAUUUCGAUUUUUUUUAAUUUUGAAAAAUAUAUAUUCUGGUUCACAAUCUC